CAGUCUAAAAGUUGAACAUCGGGCAAACAUUUAAAGGUAGCGCUGGGUAACACUUGGAAUGUUAAUCAGGCGUUGUAAAUUCGUGCGCAAGUGCGUGAUGUAAUAUUAUACAAUGAAAACGAGAGUUGCAGCGGGAGUUGCGCGAAAAUAUUCUUUAUGUUGCACUCGGUUCCAUUCAGCUGUCGCGGCCGUGACAGUGCGCGAGUGCGCGCGGGGGCGGGGACUCGCCGCAAAACUGGGUCGCUCGCGAUGUGUUGUCAAGUUCAAGGCCACGCUAAGGGGGAGGGGGCUUCCGAUCGUCCAUAGAUGGCGUUGUGUGAUUCGAAAAAUUUGCGAGAAGAGGUGACGGGUGCGGGGAGGGCACGCGGGAACGAAUUUUCGGUGCAACAUACGACACUAUAGCCGACGCUGCACUCGUGUGUCGAACGUCGCGACGCGCAGUACUCUAACGUGAGACCACCCAAAUAUCAGCUAACUUGAUACACUGAGCCGACAUGGACUGGACGAUGGAGAUGGAUAUGGAAAUGGUGCAGAUGAUGUCCGCCGUCAACGGGGAGCCAUUGCUGCGGCGAGUGAAGCAGGAGGCCGAGCCGCCGCCGCAGUACUCACCGACGGAGCAGCAUCGCCCGAUGGCUGUGCUUGGUGAACCCUGUAACCUUGAAUUGGAACCGAAAGAAGAAGUCAGAUUCUGCGUUUCGCCCGAGGAAGGUGGUAUCGUUGGGAAUGCAAGUCCAGAGCAGCAGCAUUGCUCUUCGACCACUGCGGCGGCCGCGAGUGGAGCCAGGGACGAUGAGGCUCCAAGACGGUGGUGUUUAGUCUGCGGCGAUAUAGCCUCGGGGUUCCACUAUGGUGUAGCCAGUUGUGAAGCGUGUAAGGCGUUUUUUAAAAGGACGAUACAGGGAAACAUAGAAUACACAUGUCCAGCAUCAAAUGAAUGCGAAAUCAACAAAAGAAGACGAAAGGCAUGCCAAGCGUGCCGUUUUCGUAAAUGUUUAAGGACUGGCAUGUUGAGGGAAGGCGUGCGGUUAGAUCGCGUAAGAGGGGGGAGGCAAAAGUACAGGCGUGCACCGGACCAGCCCACUCCGAACCAGCCACGACCACAACUUGAUGACAUCAAAGUGUUAGAAGCUUUAUCGUCUUACGAACCUGAGUUACUCACAUGCGGCGCUCCGCCCACUGCUGUGACGGAUCCCAGAGCCCGAACACUGGCGUUGUUGGCUGAUUUAUAUGACAGGGAGUUAGUUGGCGUCAUAGGCUGGGCCAAGCAGAUCCCUGGCUUCACGGACUUGCCACUUAACGAUCAGAUGCGGUUGCUACAAAGUACGUGGGCAGAGAUGCUCAGCCUGAUGGUCGCGUAUCGCUCGAUGUCCGCGGGCGGCGCGCUGCGGUUACGAUUCGCCGCAGACCUCGCGCUAGACGAGCAAGAGGCGAGGGACCUUGGCGCACACGAUCUCUACCUUCAGGUUGCCGGCGUAGCGCGGCGGUUAGAGCGCGCGACUGCGCAUCGCGAGGAGUGCUAUUUACUAAAGGCAUUAGCGCUCGCGAAUUCCGAAGCGCGUAUAGACGAGCACGCUGCGCUCAAACGAUUCCGCGACGCUAUCCUUGCGGCGCUCAAUGAUGCAGUCUCCGCGCUAAGGCCGUAUGCCAACGCAAACGGAGCCAUGCAACAACUACUACUGGUGUUACCUGCGCUCCGGUUGGCGGACGUGGCCGUGCGCCGCUUCUGGGCCUCCGUGCAUCGCGACCGCCGCGCCCCCAUGAACAAACUCUUCGUCGAGAUGCUCGAGGCCUGUCUGCGGUAGGCGCAAAGCUCCUGCGUCAGACUGUGAUACCUUCAUGUAUGACAUUAUACAUCUCACCAACGUUGGUGGUCGAGCUUUGAAAUCGUCACAGUAAAAUAGACCUAAAGGUUCUUGAUAUAAAGUCAAAAAUUCAGUACCACCGAUUUUAAUUUCACAAGGUUCCUGCUUAAAGCGUUGUCAUAGUACAGUUGGAUAGAUGAAAUUGAGAUGUAAAACAAGCCAGUUACAGUCCACUUGAUUUGAACAUUGAAUUGUUUCGACGUUCGAGUUCUAUCAACGCUAAUGAGAUGUAAAAUCUCAUACUAAGCACACAUUACACAUGCGGCGACAGUACCAGAUUAGGCGACCGCUUUAGUGCUACCGAUUCGACUGAUUUACGGUUGUUACUCCUUAGACGGGUUGAAAUUCAACCAAACAGAACCUCUAAUGUAACUUCAAGUUAGCGUAAAGUGCGUAAAUCUGCGAUUUAGUAAGAUGCGUGACUUUGCAACGCUACACUAGGGCCUCAGAUAAAAUAUGAGAAAGCGCCUUUGUUAAAUUUAACGCUUGUGUCGUAAUCGAGGAUAUUCGCGUAUGCAUAUUGCGAUUCCUUUAUUUAGUCUAUCUGCAAUCUAUCGAUAAGGUUCUGGCAGCCAUAAUAAUGACAGAUAGAUUAAAUAUAUAAGAACCCAAGG